AUGGUGAAGCUCUCUAUUGUCCUGACCCCACCGUUCCUGUCCCAUGACCAGGACCAGCUCACCAAGGAGCUGUAGCAGCACGUAAAGUCAGUGACAUGCCCAUGCGAGUACCUGAGGAAGGUUAUCCAUUCUCUGCGUGACCAUUUUCAUCCUGGGACUGACUUUUGUGGAAUUCCGUGGAUAGUUAUCAUUAUUGUGUUUCUGGGAAUUUCUACACUUGCCAUUUUCCUCUGGAAAACUAAUCUUUGUGUUUCUUUCCUCAAGACUGUCUUCUUAAAGUCACGAAAUGUACAUGACAGAUCCAUGGAUGUACAGCGGAGAGCCUGGAGGUCCAAUAGCCGUAGCCAGGAAGGGCAAAGGUCCACUCGUAUGGACACAAAGAAAAGGGUUUCUUCCUUUCCGGGAAUUAAAAUUGGCAUGGAAGACCUCUAUACUUCACGGAGAUAUAUGGAAGCCAAAGUUCGAACUGAAGUCCAUAAGGUGACGACGAAGGUCAACAGUCAUUACAAAAUCAGUGGACAGAGGAAGACUCCGAAGGAAGAGAAAUUGUUUCACGCUGCGGAAAGGUUGCGGCAGCGGGCAGAGGACUACUACAGACGCAAAAUCGCCCCUUCUGCAAGAAAGCCUCAUGCCAACUGGCUCUGUGCUCAAGCCUUGCAGAGGAAGAUGGCAGAGAGGAAGGCUGCCUCCAAGCAGCAAAGGUGUGAAAUGAGGGAAAAGCAGAGAGUGCCAGAGAGACACAUGCGUCGGGAGCCAGUCCAGGGACGACCGGGCCUAGAGAACCCUUUCUGGAGGGAUUCAGGACCUCAUUCGGUUCCCAUGAGGAACAGCAGCUGCGUCCCAGCUGAAAACAGAGAGAAGACAAAGGUCAGAAUGGCUGCAGUGGAGCAUCAUCAUUCCUCAGGAUUGCCCUACUGGCCCUACCUCACAGCUGAAACUUUCAGAAAAAGGAAGGGCCGCCAGGCACCUCCUCCAACUCAGUGUCAUCUGGGAGGUCAACCACCUCCAUCAGCUAAAGAUCGUCUGAGACCUCUGAAUCUGUCUGGACUACAGUGUCGACAAGGACCUCAGCCACAUUCUACAACUGAUGAGUUUCUGAGAAGAGAUAAACUUCAAGUUGAGUGUCCCCUGGCACCUGUACCAUUUCCUCCAGCUGAAGACUUUGUGAGCCUCAAAACACCUCCCGAGUGUCUUCUGGUACCUCUUCCACCCUCUCCAGUUGACGACUUUCUGACACCAGAGAACCUGCCCAUUGAGUGUUGCCGGGGACCUACCACGGAGAUACCUCCCGUCAAGGGUCGCCGGGGACCUGUACCAUUUCCUCCAGCUGAUACUGUUAGGAGACGAAAGACACCUCCCGACUCUUUUUUUGUACCUCUUCCACCUUCUCCAGUGGAUGAUUCUCUUAGCCUCAAGACACUUCCCGAGUGUCUUCUGGUACCUCUUCCACCCUCUCCAGUUGACAACUUUCCGACACCAGAGAACCCACCCGUCGAGUGUUGCCGGGGACCUGUACCAUCUCCUCGAGCUGAUAAUGUUAGGAAACGCAGGACACCUCCCGACUCUUUUUUUGUACCUCUUCCACCUUCUCCAGUGGAUGAUUCUAUUAGCCUCAAGACACUUCCCGAGUGUCUUCUGGUACCUCUUCCACCCUCUCCAGUUGACGACUUUCUGACACCAGAGAACCCCCGUCGAGUGUUGCCGGGGACCUGUACCAUCUCCUCGAGCUGA